CUUGACAGUUAUGGUUUUUGUGAACUAUGGUGGAGGAGGCUACUGGUUUUUUCAACAUGCACCAUGGAACGGUCUGACUGUGGCAGAUCUUGUGAUGCCGUGGUUUGUGUUUAUUAUUGGAACCUCAGUGGUGCUGGCGUUCAGAUCCAUGCAGAGGAGAGGCGUCAGCAGACUGCAGCUGCUGCGUAAAAUCACUUGGAGAACAGCCGUCCUCAUGAUGCUAGGUUUCUGCUUCCUCAACUACUCUCCAAGAGAUGGACCACUUUCCCUGUCCUGGCUGAGGAUCCCUGGAGUGCUGCAGCGCCUGGGCUUUACUUACUUUGUUCUGUCUCUCCUGCAGACUUUGUGGGGCCAGAAAGAAAUCCCUGAGAGAGCAGAUGACUGGAGGAACCCUGUUCUGGAUCUGCUCCUUUAUUGGCAGCAGUGGCUGAUUAUCAUCCUGCUGGAGACCUUGUGGCUGUGCAUUACUUUCCUCAUGCCCGUGCCUGGCUGCCCAAGAGGGUAUCUAGGAGCCGGGGGAAUCGGGGAUAACGGUCUUUACCCAAACUGCACCGGGGGAGCGGCGGGUCACAUCGAUAGAUGGAUGUUUGGUGAUAACAUGUACCGAUACCCCACAUGCAGAGAGAUGUAUCUCACCACACAGCCCUUUGACCCGGAAGGAGUUUUGGGUACCAUUAACUCGGUCGUGAUUGGAUUCCUCGGGAUGCAAGCUGGGAAAAUUAUCAUUUUUUACAAGGGAAGGAACGUCCACAUCCUCCUGCGAUUCCUCGUGUGGGCCGCCGUUCUGGGAAUCUCCGCAGCCAUCCUUUCUAAGUGCACAAGAGAUGGAGGAUUUAUACCUGUCAAUAAAAACCUUUGGUCGUUGUCUUAUGUGAUGGUCAUGGGCUGCUUCUCCUUCCUGUUGCUCGGAGCCAUUUAUUUUGUCACUGAUGUGAAGAAGUGGUGGAGUGGGCGGCCGUUCAUAUACCCAGGGAUGAACUCCAUCUUCGUCUACGUUGGCCACUCUCUCCUGGGUUUUUACUUCCCCUUCAGCUGGGAGAUGCGCUUUCAGGAAAGCCACUGGGAGUGGCUCUUCCAGAGCCUGUGGGGAACUGCAUUAUGGGUACUCAUUGCUUAUCAGCUGUUCAGGAAGAAGUUCUUCCUCAAAAUUUAAGCCAAGACCAGCUUUUGAUUGUUUAUACGCUGUGUUAGCAUCUGUGGGAGUGAGAUAGAAGUUUAGUUCAUGCAGCUAAACAUGAAUUGAUUCUACUUGUGCUACUAUCAGGCUCAUCUGGAAAAAGGAACUACUUUAACAACCCAGGCUGCAGCUAUUAAAGCGUUUUAUCCAUCACUCUGUUUCUAAACAAGAUGUCUGAUCCAUUUUCAGAACGUUCAGAUGAAGAUUUAUGUGAUGCCACUGCUUUUGCACACUGAAUAGACUUAUUAAAUCAAAUAUAGCAAGGUGGUACUUAGCAAAUUAGUCUGAGUGAUUCCACUACACACAAGGCCAGCCAUUAUGAGUCUGUUGCCAUGGCCACUCCUUUUGUGUGUGUUUGUGUGCCGGUACCAUCUGCUGUCCCAGCGACAGUACUUUAAUAGGGGUCAAGAUGAAAGGCUCACAGAGGAGUGUCAUCAGGGGGACUCAAACCUCUCUCAAUCAAUGUACUAGAAAUCAAGAGAAUUGAAAAAAUACCAUUUAUCAAGGAACGCCAAGCCGUUUAAACAGUUUUCAUUUUUAACAAAUAUGGCACAAACAGAUAUUUACUGAUGAAAGUGUGUAAAUAACGUGGAUAGGGUUUAUUUAUACACUCUGGUCAUCAUUGUGCGCAUGGCUGGUUAGGUCAUUUAUUUACAUGACGACUCUGAGGAUGCUCUGGUGCCCUCAGCAUCAGCUCAGGUGAAGUUUAGCUCAUGAAAUAACCACAGAGAUAAUGAAAUGAGACUCUGCCAGGCUCUUCCUCCAGGCUCACAACCCCUUCAGUAGCUGUAACAACAUUGUGUGUGUAUUGUAGUGGUUUUGGUAAUUAUCUUAUGAACAGGGGUUAUUGUUUGAAUCCCUUGUAAUGGCGGGGAAUUAAACAGAUCUCUAAUGUUACUUAUAUGUCAUGUUGGGCUUUUGUGGUUCAUUUAUUAUCAUCUAUUAUUGGAAAAUACAUUUACUUUCCAGUCUUGAUUGCAAAGUGGCUUAAUUUUAUCUUUUCAUUUAUAUUUAUACAGCAUAAGCCAAAAUCAGUUACAUUAAACGACCAAAAUCAUUUUCGGGGGCUUUUUUUUAAUACAAAAACCCAGUGAAUAAACCCUCCACAGUCAUGAUUUAUAAUGGCAUAAAUGAAUGCGUGCUGGAUCGGUGAAACAGGGACUUUUUAACCCCUUUCCUGUUUAUUUAUGCCACUUUUUCCCCACUCUAUACCCAUUUUUCCACUUUUAUUCACUUUUGAACCCCAUUUUCCUACUUCAUCUAGCCAAUUUUUGAAACUUUUUUUUUCCACUUUUGCCACUCUUUAACAGCUUUUCACCAUUUUGGCACCCUUUUUGCAUUUCUGUAACCCAUUUUCUCCACUUUUAACCAUCCUUACCUAGUUAAGAAAAAUCUGCAACUGUAUU